CCCGCGACAACGUCAGUCGCCUCUGAGUUGUUUGCGGUUUGCCGUUUCUAGGAUUAUAUAUAUUCGGCGGCGCGCCGAGGUCCUUGCAUGACCGCAGUCGUGUGCUUUUGGAAUGCGACGGUUGGGGUGUGUAGUAAGAAGCACUGGCCGUCGUGCGGCUACACGUGGCUCAACGUCGUGCCCGUCGGUCUCUUUGCGACUGUGUGGCUCUGUUACGGCGUCCGACUGCUGCAACGGCACGGGUUUCUUGCCCGGUUCCUCCAGCUUAAUGCCUCGUCGAUCCACGACCAAGUCGCCCAAGGUAUUGCGAUUGCGCUGUCCCAGCGCAAGUUUGGGUCCGAUCAGCAACUCCAGCUCCAGCGCUACGUCAAGCUCUGCGCCAUGUGCUCCGAGUGGCCAACGUACACGUUCACGCCGCUCUCGAUUGCGUUCAAGGUCUCGGGCACGCCGCCGAUCGUCGACAGCCUUCUUUUUUCGCUCAACUUUACCAACGAAUGGUGGAACCUCUCGAUGGCCGUGGGCAUGGGCAUGCUCCUGCUCAUUCUGCGGCAGCUCCAUCCCGCGUCCCGCUACCACGCACCGAUCCUCAUGCGCUUUGUGUACCCGAUGACGUUCGACUUGUUUUACAUUCCGAUCAUUUCGACCUUUCUGCGGCUCGGCACGUGCGUGACGGGCUACGAGCACUUGGCGCUGCCUGGUGGCGCCACGUGCGACUGCCUCGAUCGGUUUGGUCUGUUUUGGGCGGUCGGCUUUAUCGGGUUUUUCGUCACCUAUCGCAGUGCGCUUUUGUACAAAAUGCACAUUGAGCCGCUCGGCGAGACCAUGGAUUUUCGGUUCCAGCCUGGCUUCCAGCUUCUUAUGGUCAUGGCGCGCACACUGUACCCGAUGAUUACAAUGUUUGUCAACAACCAAGACAUGACGCGGGCCGGCGGCAUCGGGCUCACCACGUUCUUGCUCGCUGUCUCGACGUUUCUCUUGCUCUACUCGCACAAGACCCAGCCGUGCAUUGGCAGCGGUCGCAUUCCCAACAAUUUGCGCGUACUGACCUUCUCCAGCGCGAUCUACACGGCUUUUUGCGUGCUCAUCGUACUGGCUCUGGACGCGCCGAUAAGGAGUUUGUACUAUGCGCUUUUCCCGCUACCGAUUGUGUGGGUCGGUGCGUGGAAGGUCAACGACCGGCGGGCGCUACUGUUUCAUAUUCCCGGAGUGCGGAUCCCGGAUUUACUACGGCAUCCGUCGCCCGACGUGAGCUUGGUCGGCGCCAUCGCCGCCCUCCAUCUCAACCCUAACAACGUCCAUGACCGUGAUCUCGGACCGAUUUUGGAACAGCUCGAUGGACUGGCGGCCUCGGUGGCGGCAACGCCGCUCUGCCGCGCCUACGCGCUCCGAACGCUUUGGUUUAGCCACAUUGAGAACUUUAUAAAAGCUGACGUGCUCGCAAUCGGCGAUGACGCACCGGUGGGCCUCGACUUGUGGCUCAAGGACCGCGCCAACAUUGAGCGGCGCAGUGCUCGGCGCAGCCGCGACUCGCACCAGUCCAAAAAGCGCGUGAAAAUCUCUGCGGUGAUUACCACGUCCGCCGGGCCCACCAUGGACCUCCUUCCGGUGACAGCGGUCGCGUCAUCGCACGGCGCGACCUCCAAACACACGACGACACUGACCACCAAAUCGCAGCGGUUUCGACCCCGGCGUACGUUGGGCCCACGCGCGAUCGUCCCGCUCGGUCGUCCAAGCCGGUUCCACGUCAUCAUGAUUGGGUAUACAUCGUGGAUAUCCCACAAGGAGUCGCCAGCCGACGCCGUGGCCCAGCACCGUCGCAUCGCGAACCUCGCGUUUGACGUCCUUGCGCAGAGCUCGAGCGUGCAUGACGUUGCGGCCAUGCACGCCGUCAGCGUCUUUUUACUCCAGUGGUACCGCACUGGGUACCUUCGAUUGAACCGAGCGCGGUAUCUGCAGCUGCUCACGACGCUCUCGGCAACUGGCGACCCAAAGCUCGUGUUGGAUGCGACCCAUACACUGUAUUGUCUCACGCUCGACGGCGUCUUUGCCCUCGAGACGUGGGUCGCGCGGCCGUUGGCGCUCAGUGGGCUUCUGCAUGCGCUGGGCCACGCGAGCCGCCGCAGUGUCCUCCAAGCAGCAACGAUUGCUGCUCGUGUCGCAGCGUUUGCAGUCACUCGUGGAUACAACAACCUCUCGCUGCUAUUGACACCGCGCGCGGCAGCGAGUCUCUAUACGGCGUUCCAGCGCUGGACCGCUGCGUAUGACAUUAGUGUUCUCCUCGAAGCGACGUAUCUCAGUUUGCACCAAAUUGCUUCGCGGCAACGCUUGUCGUACCCCGGUGUACCGUCCAAGAGCACGCGAUUGCUUUUGGCGGUCAAGCGGGCCAAAGCGCGCUUCAAGCGCAACAUUGGCAAGGUCGAGCCCGUUCCGUCAGCGUCGACGCGUCUCUCGUCCAUGAAAAUGCGUCUCUCGAUGCUCCUGCAGAUGCACAAUCCAAAGCGUGACCCGGGGCCCGUCGCAAAAGCCCUGACCUUCCGACAGCUCGUCAACACGGUCCGAGGCAAGGCCAAGGCAGUGCCCGUGUAUAUUCCGCUGGACGUUGUCCCCGAGAUUGAGCGACGCCACGCCAUUCGACGACAGCUCGUGCUCAAAUUGGAGCUUGCUUUCGAGAUGGUGACGACAAAUGCCCCGGGGUACGAUCGCCGGCGCAGCUGCAUCGCCAGCAAGCGGCCCGAGUUGGAUGACGCCGUCACAAAUGCGCUCAAGCUCGUGCAAGUGGCCGCCGAGUGUGCGCUGCAAGAGUACGUGGCCACCGCACUCGACCCAACGAUGCGGGCGUUCGUGCACCCGUACCUCCACCAGUUUGAAAACGAUACCCCGGGGUCCCAGAGGUGGCGCUGGCCGUGGCGAUGACAACCCGUCGCCUAACAAUUGAAAGUUUGAAAUUGAGUUGGUGCAGAAAUG